CAGAGGCAACCGGGCUUUGGCAGCGCAGGUGUUGGGUUCUGCAGUUCCUUUCGGUUGUGAUGGUCGCGAUGUUUUUCUCCGAGGCUGGGGCCCGGCCAUGGACGUGGGAAGCCAGCCCCUCAGAACACAAGAAAUGGGUGGAAGUAUUUAAAGCAUGCGAUGAAGAUAACAAGGGCUAUCUAAGCAGAGAGGACUUUAAAGUUGCUGUCAUAAUGCUGUUUGGGUACAAGCCCUCCAAGAUUGAAGCUGAUUUUGCGAUGUCUUCAGUAAAUCCAAAUGCUUCCGGUAUAUUGCUUGAAGAGUUUUUAAGUAUUGUUAGAAAAAAGAAGGAAGUUCGACUCCAUUGGAAUGAAAUAAGACACAUCUUCACAGCUUUUGACAGGCACUAUCGUGGGUAUUUAACUUUGGAAGAUUUCAAGACAGCAUUUAAGCAGGUGGCUCCCAAGUUAUCAGAAAGGACUGUUCUGGAUGUAUUCAGGGAAGUAGAUCAAGACUCAGAUGGUCUUGUCAGCUUUAGAGACUUUGAAUAUGCCAUGAACUAUGGACAAAAUGAAGCCUAACUAUUGUGAACCGCUUUUGGCAACCUCUGGGGCGACAAAUAGGUCGUAACGUGUAUUUAAAUGUCAAACUCCACUCUGUUAGUGAUGUAAUUAUGCUGCAUACUUCUGAUUAAACUCUCCAUCGUGGUUUUUAGA